AUGCCACCCAAACCACCAGCCGCUCGCCCCCACCCCUCCAUCAUCAGUCCAACAGUCCGCUCCUUACGCUCCUUGCUCUCCUAUUCCCGGGCCCCAGAAUCUGGGCCGUGGCCUGUGGAUGAGUGCUACAUCCUGGCUGUCAGCACAGGGGUUAGCUGGGGAUUGGCCUGUGGUGGAAGUGAAGUAUCACGCCCCGUCUGUCAGCUCCUCGUUCCACUUCCUCCCACCCUUCAGUGCGAGCUGCAGCCAAUUAAGGGCGGGAUAAAUAAACCAGAACCAAAGGGAACAUUUGUCUUGAGUAAGGACUGGUUCCCCACGUUCUACUACCCCAGAGCGAGGAUGUUUGUAGUCUCCUGUAGAGUGUCCCUGAUGGGUUUGAUGCUAGGACGUGGCCUGACAAGACACUACAGAUCAGGAGGGGGAGGAGGAGAGAGACAGGGGAGGUCAUGCCGUGGCACAUAUACGUCUCAGUGUGGGAUGAAGAAACAUCUCAACCUCGCGCAGAUGCCUGGCAUCGAGCCGCGGGGCGAUAAAAACGUCUUCAGGAGGAACGUGUUUAUGGUGAGGAUCCAUAAGUGUAAAAAUGGCCCCACGUCCAAAAAACCCAGAGGCAGGAAUGAGAAUGGCGUACCACACCAGCUUGCAGUUCCCACCCUGCCCAGUCAUUUGCUUGCGGCUAAAACUUUAAGUGGGAAUUAUUGCUGCAGAGAUAAGUAUGGAGAUAAGCCGGUCUUUGCCAGCAAGAUGUAUGAGGUGUCUGGACAUGGCGAGAGCUCUGCGCUGAAAAUCGACUUCAGCAGCCCGCUGGAGUCCAAAAAGUCUGUGGCUCUGGACCCCGGGGCUCGUCUAAGCCCUGCCUGUAUCCGGGCUGCCAUUAUUAGCUCUGCUCUCCAGAGCACGCCGCUCAUCUCUCUCCAGAGAGGGCCGCUGAGAAAUGAAGCUCGCUGGCUGGGCACGGCAGCAGAGGGGCCAAUAGCCCGACGUGGAACAGAUCCAGAUGUCAAAGUCUGUGCCGCCAUGGACUGCAGCUGCUCCUGCCACAGCCGCACAACAGCCUCUUUCUGCCAGCGAGCCAGGCGGCAGCCCUCCAACCUACCUCUCAGCCUCGUGCGAGCGAGACAGGAGCCUCUCCUGGCUCAGCACUGGUCUUCUCAUUACACGAGUGCCAGCACGGAGAACAAAACAAAGCGGCUGUACGGGAAGGAUCAAGGGCGAGUCUGUCCACAAACUGCACAUGCAGUGCGGACGGCCAAACAAUGGAGCAAGCUGCAGUCUGAGGGCCAGGGCUGGUGCAGAGCUGGCCCGCGCCACUUCAAAAUGAAAGGCCGAGCCCGGGGCCAUGUGGAGGAGGCACGGCGGGGGGUGGGGGGUGGUGUCCUUUAUGCGGACGGCUACACCAGUCGCGGAGCAGACACCCCUCUGACAGGCACCUGUGCGGGACAACGGGGAGAGAGAGGAGCGUGGAGCGUGGAGGGGAGGAGUGGAGUGAUGAGGCCUCGGGGUUCUGUCAUUAGGUUGAUGGUGGAAAGGAAGAUGACUGCCCCGGGGACAGAGAUACGACAGGUCUCGAUGGGACAGCGGCCGCGACCUCUCGCUCCCCUGGGUGUUCACGUGGACUGGUGGGACGUCUGGAGAGAUGAGAUUUUACACUCCAGCAACCAGAUGACAUCGAGAAAUGCCGAGUGUGUCUGGUCGCUCAAAAGCAAUUUCCACACACCGAGGAGUGUCACGGGAGGAGCUAAGAACUGGCUGAGCAACAGGUCAGAGAUCCCUGCUGUGACAGAGCUGUUUGUUGUCUUUCCAGACAACAAGCAGAGCAAGAAUCCAACUGAAAAUCUGGAUUACAAAAGUGUGGGAGGAGAGGGAGCCGGGAUGUGGGUCGACAUGCUGGUGGUCCCCUUUGUGGCGUCUUGUCAAUACAGACCAGCUCACCUCCGCAACACUGAGCGUCAGAAGGAUUUACUUCUGCUGCCAGCUUCUCAAAGGCCUUCUCUGCCCAUCCGAAAAGUCGGCGUUGCCUUCCUGUGGAGGCUGUUUGCCACCAAGUGCAGCGGCUGCAUGGAGAAGAUCGCCCCCACGGAGUUCGUGAUGCGGGCCCUGGAGUGCGUCUACCACCUGAACUGCUUCUGCUGCUGCGUGUGCGACCGGCAGCUGAGGAAGGGCGACGAGUUUGUCCUGAAGGAGGGUCAGCUGCUCUGCAAGGUGGACUACGAGCGGGAGAAGGACUUGCUGGGCUCGGUCAGCCCCGAUGACUCAGACUCAGCAUUCAUUCUGGCGAGGAGCGUGGGCUUAUAA